GCCCGGGGCGAAGGCGACUAGACGCCGCCCGAAUCCUCCACGCGCACCAACCUAACCGCGCCGCCGCCCCUCGUCUUCCUCCUCCCCCCUCUCCGGUCGGAUCGGCGAGACCUCCCCGGCCGCCCGCGGCGCAUCCACGGCCUCGACUUCGCUGUCUUCGCCGAGCAGCAGCACUGGUUCCUCGUGCCUCGCCAGCUAGCACCAGCGCGCCUAGGGCUUCCAUCCGGGAACUUGGAAGUUCACUACAGACUUCAAGAUGUUCUCUGCUCCGGGCAACAAUUCUCUGGCGCUGGCAGCCCCAAGGCCAGGAAUGGAGCUGGGCAACUUUCAUCAACACCCUAACCAAGCUCUUGGACCUGGUGGGAAGCAACGAACAUCCAGUCUGGAGGCGCCGAUAAUGCUACUCACAGGCCACCAGAGCGCUGUCUACUGCAUGAAGUUCAACCCUGCUGGAACUGUGGUAGCAUCAGGCUCCCAUGACAAGGAUAUCUUCUUGUGGUAUGUCCAUGGUGACUGUAAGAACUACAUGGUACUGAGAGGGCACAGGAAUGCCAUUCUUGACCUUCAGUGGACCACUGAUGGAACCCAGAUAAUCUCUGCAAGCCCUGACAAGACCCUGAGGGUGUGGGAUGUCGAAACUGGUAAACAGGUUAAGAAGAUGGCUGAACACUCAUCAUUUGUCAAUUCAUGUUGCCCGGCACGGAAGUGGCCACCUCUUGUUGUGAGUGGAUCAGAUGACGGUACAGCAAAGCUCUGGGACUUGCGUCAAAGAGGGGCUAUUCAAACACUUCCAGACGAUUACCAGAUUACUGCUGUGAGCUUCUCAGAGGCGGCAGACAAGGUUUUCACUGGUGGGCUGGACAACGACGUCAAGUGGUGGGAUCUUCGCAAGAAUGAAGUUACAGAACAUCUCAAAGGACAUCAGGACAUGAUAACUGGAAUGCAGCUUAGCCCUGAUGGGUCUUACCUCCUCACAAACGCGAUGGACAAUGAGCUCAAAAUCUGGGAUUUGCGCCCUUACGCGCCAGAGAACCGGAACAUCAAGACCCUCACAGGGCAUCAGCACAACUUUGAGAAGAACCUGUUGAAGUGCAGCUGGUCGCCCGACAACCGCAAGGUAACUGCUGGGAGCGCCGAUCGCAUGGUCUACAUCUGGGACACGACGUCAAGGCGGAUCCUGUACAAGCUUCCUGGGCACAACGGUUCUGUCAACGAGACCGCUUUCCACCCCACCGAGCCAAUCAUCGGAUCCUGUGGCAGCGACAAGCAGAUUUAUCUUGGGGAGCUGUAGUUCUUCAUCAAUCUUCCCCGGUAGAAGUUUGUGUAGCAUCUGGAUUCGGGAUCAAACAGAAAACCGACGGCACCAUCUCGCUCUCCCGACAAUUUGAAUCCUCGAUUGACUAUCGAAAUUUCUCCUUUGUAGAUUAUGUUACGGCCAGAGCUGGCCUACCAUUUCGAAACUGCUCAUUCUGUACCUUCCGGUUGUACUCGUUAAACUUGUGACCAUUCUGCCGUUUCAUGUUAGCCACUAAUUGCUUGCUUGUACUCUCUUGGGAGCAUGAUUAACUUGCAUCCUCCAUGAUGAUUUCCUUGA